AUGUUCUCUAUUCUUCAUGAGAAAAACAAGGAAAAAGAAAAACAGAAAGAGAAAAAAAAUGAACUACCUGCAUCUAAUCAAUACAUCGAACCUCAUUCUAUGGAACCACCGAAAUUCUGGGAUACGGUUGAACAAAAUGUGAAAAACAAUGACUUUUCCACCAAUCAAUCCACUGUUUCACAUUCAAUCGAAUCAAUCAGUUUCAUUGAAACGAUUGAUGCAAAUGAGGAGAAAGAUAAUUAUAUCACCAAUGAAUCCCUCAUUGCUUUACCUCCUUCAGAAUUGCCGAUAUCUACUGAAACAAUUGACAAUGAAGUUAUUGAUGGAAUUCCAAUUGUAUUUCCAGAUGACAUUAACACUUUCACUCUUUGCCCAAACAUUUCUAUUGAAGUGGUUGAUUUACGGAAUGAAAAUUCUGCAUCCAUUUUCGAGAAAGAUACGGUGGAGCAUAUUAACACUAGUAUCACAGAUUCAUCAGCAGGAAACUUUCAGGAAAAUGAAGUGAAUCAGGACCCAGAAGAUAAUAGCCACACUGAGUCAGAAAACCCUGAGGAUCGUGAGGUCGCUGAUGAAGAUUCAGAUUAUGAACCCAAUAUGGAGUCAGAUAAUACUGACGAAAGUAGUAAUUCUGAGAUACAAGGAGAUGGCGAACCUCCGUUGCAAGAAAAUAUCAAGCGGAAAAGAAAAAGUGAUCCAGAGCAAUGGGACCGAAUGAGAAAUAAAAAAUUGAGGAUGGAGGGAAAAGAAUAUUUUGCAGCAGACUCGAAAGAUCAGGAGGGGAAAAGGGUGAAGAGACCGGCUAGAAAAUUAGGAGUCAAAUGUGAAUGUAAGUCGCUUGGGAAGUCAUGCAAUGAGGUGGAUGAAGAGAAACGGAACGAAAUUUUCGAUAUGUUUUGGAAAUUGAGUUGGGAAAAUAAAAAAAACUACGUCAGAUCUCUUGUUAAGUACGAAGAAAAGAAAAGAUGUUAUGUUCAAACAGAUUCUAGGAGGAAAGGAACAUUCCAUUAUAAUCUACAACUGAAAAAUAAGAAGAUCAAUGUGUGUAAGAAGAUGUUUCUCAAUACACUUGGAGUUAAGGAGAGGUCGGUAAGAGAUUGGGUAACUGUUCCAACUGUGCAUGGAAUGGUGAAACAAAACAAUCUGAAAAGAUAUAAAACUGCAAAACAAAAGGGUGAUAAUGAGAAGAAGAACAUAAUGAUUGCAUUCAUUAAUUCGAUCCCCAAACUGCCAUCACACUAUUGCAGAGCUGAUUCAAAAAAAUUAUACCUGGAAGAGAACUUCAAAAAUAAAACUGAAUUGUAUGAUCUAUACAAAUCACAUUGUGAAGAACAGCAAAAUUCACCACUGUCGAUCUGCUCCUUCAUGAUGACAUUGCAGGAAAUGAAUAUUUCAAUACAUCAACCAAAGAAAGAUCAGUGUGAUCUGUGCUGUUCUUAUAAAGUUGGGAAUACAUCUGAAGAAGAAUACAGAAAUCAUAUAGCAAAGAAAGAUCAAGCAAGAAACGAGAAAGCGAAGGAUAAGGAAGCAGCAAUGAGAGGAGAAUUUCACGUAUUCACUAUGGAUGUACAGGCAGUAAAACUUUGCCCCAUGUUGUAUGCCAGUAAGCUUUAUUUCAAAAGUAAACUACAGGUCCAUAAUUUCUCAAUCUAUAAUCUAACUGAUCAUCAUUGUGUCAACUACUGCUGGAAUGAGACUGAGGGUGAAGUUGUUGCAUCAAUAUUCACCAGCUGUAUCCUGAAACAUCUGGAAAAUUUCUGCCUUGGAGAAAAGAAGCCAAUAAUACUCUAUUCUGACGGAUGUGGGUAUCAGAACAGAAAUAUGACAUUAGCGAACGCCCUGCUCGAAUUUUCUGUAGUUCACGGUGUGACCAUUUUUCAAAAGUUUUUGGAGAAGGGUCACACCCAAAUGGAGGUGGACUCAGCUCAUGCUUUGAUCGAACGAAAACUCAAAGGACGGGAGAUUCAUCUGCCCAGUCAAUACCCUAUUUUUAUUAGGGAAGCUAGGAAGAAUCCCUCACCAUUCGAGGUCUACUACCUGACUCAUGACUUUUUUACUGAUUACGAUGUAAAAGAGAACUUUCGAUAUCUUUCCAUUCGUCCUGGUCGAAUUAAGAAUGAUCCUACAGUCAAUGACCUCAGAUGUUUGAAGUACACACCAGAAGGUGUUAUUUUUUAUAAAAUAGACUAUUCUCAGGAAGAUUAUCAACCACUACCUAAGAGACCAGUUCAUACUCAUGCGAACUUUGAGAAACGAUCAUUAUAUAAGACCAGAAUUCCAAUUUCUAAACAAAAAUACGACCAUCUUCAGCAACUCACUGAAGUUUUACCAGCUGAAGUGAAGACAUUUUAUGAUGAGAUUCCAUUUAGCACCAAAAAAUGA